AUGCCCUCCCUCUCCUCAUCACCCAACCCCCCCACCACCUCCCUCUCGCGCUCCUCUUCCGCGACCCGCACAAGCAAGAAAGCUCUUCUGGAGGCGCUGGCAGGGGAGUUGAAGAGUGAGAAGGGCAGGGCGGAGUAUUGGGCGGAGAGGAUGGUCGAGGUUGAGGAUUUGGUCGAAGCGAAACACCGCGAGUUCCUCGACGAAGAGACCCGCCUCUCUUCCCUGCGCGACCAGAACACCGCAACUAUCGCCUCUCUCCGCCGCGAACUUGCGAAAGCUCGCAGGGCACUGGAGGAGGCGCAGCAUGUGGAUGAGGAAGAGGCGAGGGCGUACUUGGAGUUGCUUGCGGGGCGCGAGGGGGCCGAAGAGGACGGAAGUCCGCCUGACAGGACGGGGAGGAGUGCGGUCCCGACCGAGGCAGACGACGGGCACUCGCCUGUCCAACGCAAGAGCUCGGCGGGAGUCGCGCAUGACGGGACGACUCGCCCGCCCGUCUCGUCUGGGAUGGUCGCCUUCCACCCGGACUCUCCAACCUCGCCAACUCUCUCGCACCUGCCUCACCCCGUCAACCCAACGUCAGCUGUCACCUCUCACCCGCUCCAAUCCUACGCACCGACAAUGCCGCUCGGCACAUCGGUCCCGCAAGGUCUGCCGACUUCGUCGGACCUCCAGCUUGAGCGGUCCAUCUGGCACGAGUCGGUUGAUGAUGCGCAGCGCGGCGGGACUGGGCAGGGAAGGUGGUCGAAGAUGCUGCCUGCGAUGGUCAGGCGCAGGAGCAGCUCGAGGACCAGGGUGUGA